CAGGGGACCUGAGUCACUGUCACACCUACCGAAUUUUAUAACUUUGGCAGCAGCGCCAGGCGUACUUCGCUCUCUCCCGCCGUGGCCAAGACCUUUCCUGAACGAAUUGGCCAGCAUGUCGAUCGACUUUCCCAAGGAAGAGGAGGCCAUCAUUGCCCGAUGGCGGGAGAUCAAGGCCUUCGAGCGGCAGGUCGAGCUGUCUAAGGGCAGACCCAACUAUACCUUCUACGAUGGCCCGCCCUUCGCCACCGGCCUCCCCCAUUACGGCCACCUGCUCGCCUCGACCAUCAAGGACAUCAUCCCGAGGUACUGGUCCAUGAAGGGCUACCACGUGGAGCGUCGGUUUGGCUGGGACACGCACGGCCUGCCCAUUGAGCAUGAGAUCGACAAGAAGCUCGGUAUUUCGGGCAAGGCCGCCGUCAUGCAGCUGGGCUUGGAGAACUACAAUGCCGAGUGCCGGGCCAUUGUGAUGAGGUACCGUGAGGAGUGGAGGCACACGAUCGAACGGCUGGGCCGCUGGAUAGACUUCGACAACGACUACAAGACCAUGGACACGAGCUUCAUGGAAUCGGAGUGGUGGGUGUUCAAGCAGCUCUUCGACAAGGGCCAGGUGUACCAGGGACACCGGGUGAUGCCGUACUCCACGGCCCUCACCACUGCGCUGAGCAAUUUCGAGGCGAACCAGAACUACCAGGACGUUAUCGACCCCGCCAUCGUAGUCUCGUUUCCGCUCAACGACGAUCCCGAAACCAGCUUGCUUGCCUGGACUACGACGCCGUGGACCCUGCCCUCCCAUCUUGGCCUGGCCGCCCAUCCCGAUUUCGACUACGUCAAGAUCCAUGACGAGAAGUCCGGGAAGAACUACAUCCUUCUGGAAAAGCUCCUGGGGACAUUGUACAAGGAUCCCAAGAAGGCCAAGUUCAAGGUACUUGAAAAACUCAAGGGCAAGGAUAUGCUCGGUUGGCGUUAUCAGCCGCCGUUCAACUACCUCUACGAGGACUACAAAGACAUCGCGUUCAAGGUCCUCAACGCGACGUACGUCACCGAUGACAGCGGUACCGGUAUUGUCCACCAGGCCCCGGCGUUCGGCGAGGACGAUUACAAUGUCGCCGUCGAGAACGGCAUCGUGACCGAGAAGCGGCCGCCUCCUGACCCGGUAGACGACUGCGGCCGGUUCACGAACCAGGUCCCUGAUUUCGCCGGUAUGCACGUCAAGGAGGCCGACAAGCACAUCAUCAAGCACCUGAAGGAUACCGGUCGAUUGGUCGUGGAGUCGCAGCUCAAGCACUCGUACCCCAUGUGCUACCGCUCAGACACGCCCCUCAUCUACAAGGCGGUGCCCUCCUGGUUCGUGCGCAUCCCCGAGGUUAUUCCCAAGAUGUUGGAGAACAUCGAAGGUUCGCACUGGGUCCCGUCCUUUGUCAAGGAGAAGCGCUUUGCCAACUGGAUCUCCAACGCCCGCGACUGGAACGUGUCGCGAAACCGGUACUGGGGUACUCCGAUCCCGUUAUGGGUCAGCGAGGACAUGGAGGAGCGUGUCUGCGUUGGCAGCAUCGCCGAGCUCAAGGAGCUCAGCGGCUACGAGGGCGAGAUCACGGAUCUCCACCGGGACAAGAUCGACCACAUUACCAUCCCCAGCAAAAAGGGCAAGGGUGUCCUCAGGAGGGUGGAGGAGGUCUUCGACUGCUGGUUCGAGUCCGGAAGCAUGCCCUAUGCCAGCAAGCACUAUCCUUUCGAGAACCGCGACCAGUUCGAGAAGUCCUUCCCCGGCGACUUCAUCGCCGAAGGUCUCGACCAGACGAGAGGGUGGUUCUACACCUUGCUGGUACUUGGCACGCAUCUCUUUGGCGUAUCUCCCUUCAAGAACUGCGUGGUCAACGGCAUCGUGCUUGCCGAGGAUGGCAAGAAGAUGUCGAAGAGGCUCAAGAACUACCCCGACCCCGGCAUCAUCAUGACUAAGUACGGAUCUGACGCCCUUCGUCUCUACCUCAUCAACUCGCCCGUGGUCCGAGCCGAGCCUCUCCGGUUCAAGGAGUCGGGGGUCAAGGAGGUUGUCGCCAAGGUCCUCCUCCCUCUGUGGAACAGUUACAAGUUCUUCGAGGGUCAGGUUGCCCUUCUGAAGAAGGUAGAAAAGGUCGACUAUGUGUUCGACCCGAAGAUGGAGUCCUCCAAUACCAACGUCAUGGACAAGUGGAUCCUCGCCAGCUGCCAAAGUCUGCUGAAGUUCGUCAACGAGGAGAUGGCUGCAUACCGGUUGUACACAGUUGUGCCCAAGCUGCUCGAGCUGAUCGACAACACGACGAACUGGUACAUCAGAUUCAACCGGAAGCGCCUCAAGGGGGAGAACGGGCUAGACGAUACCCUCCACGCCCUGAACACCCUGUUCGAGGUUCUUUUCACGCUCUGCCGGGGUCUCGCACCCUUCACUCCGUUCUUGACGGACACCAUCUACCUAAAACUCCUGCCGCAUAUUCCCGAGAGUCAUCGGGGCGAAGAUCCUCGCAGUGUCCAUUUCCUGCCCUUCCCGGAAGUACGACAGGAGCUCUUCAACGUCGAGAUUGAGCGGCGGGUUCAGCGGAUGCAAAAGGUCAUUGAGCUGGCGAGGUACUCUCGCGAGAAGCGUAGCGUCGGCUUGAAGCAGCCGCUGAAGACACUCAUCGUCAUCCACCCCGAUCAUCAAUACCUGGAGGAUGUGCAGUCGCUCCAAGGAUACAUCACCGAGGAGUUGAACGUCCGCGACCUCGUGCUGACGUCGGACGAGGCCAGGUACGGGGUCCACUACAGUGUCGCGGCGGAUUGGCCCGUGCUGGGCAAGAAGCUCAAGAAGGACAUGGCCCGGGUAAAGAAGGCUCUGCCGAACGUCACCAGCGACGAGGCUCACAGCUACGCCACCACUGGCAGGCUCGUAGUGGACGGCAUCACGCUCGAGGAGGGCGACUUGGUGGUGAAGCGUGGUCUGAAGGAGAACGAGGCAUCCAAGAACCUCGAGACCAACACGGACAACGAUGUCCUCACCAUCCUCGACGUCGAGAUCUACCCCGGUCUCGCCGAGGAGGGUCUCGCUCGCGAGAUUAUCAAUCGGGUGCAGCGCCUGCGCAAGAAGGCCGGCCUGCAGGCGACGGACGACGUCAAGAUGGAGUACAGGGUUCUGUCUGACCCCGAGGACACGGGCAUCGAGAAGGUGUUCGAGUCCCACAAGGCAACCAUCGCGAAGGCGCUACGGCGGCCGAUGGAUAAGCAUGAGGUUACGCACAUGGAUGGCCAGAUUCCGGAGCAGAAGGAGGAGGGUGUCAUCGCCGAGGAGGAGCAGGAGGUGCACAAGGCGACGUUCUUGUUGCGCCUGCUCAAGCUAUAGGGGGCGUAGAUGUUGUAGAUAGAAGGCGCGGAUAGAGAUGUUGUUCUAGAGUAAAUGCUGAGCGAGACUUGAUGUAGGACUGGACAAAAUAAAUCAGGGAAUGAGGGGUGCAGUGUUCCCACAGCUUGCGUCCUCUAUCAAGUUCACCUUCCCCCCUUUGCGGCGGCCUGGCCAGAUGAGUUAACUUCUCAAGCUGGGAAUUCCACGGCUGAUAAUAUACUGCGUACCAGGUAGCAGUCUUUGAGCUUCAUAAAUUCCUUAGCACACUUGUCUCGGUGCACCGAGUUGUAAUCGGCAACGAUGCACUGGCCGUAGACGGCGGC